CGGUCGGUCGAACUCGCAUUCGGUCGCAUCGCACCCACACCCCGCGCAGUCGUCGCGCUCGUCGGCGUCGCGCCACCUCGCCGCCGCCCAAACAAAAUCCUCGGCGAGGAGGAGAGGCGAGAUCGCGAUUCCGCGAGCGCUCUGCUCUCCGGGAGGCGAUGGCGGCGGCGGCGGAGGAGGCCGGCCUCGGCCACCCGUCGAGGUACGUGCAGCUGACGAGGGACCAGGACGCGCCCGCCGACGAGGACAUCCGCCCCGGCGAGCUCAACCUGCCGGCCCACUUCCCGCAGCUGGAGCAGAGGAGGUGCUGCGAGUGCGGGCAGCAGCUGCCGGAGAGCUACGAGGCGCCGGCGGACGAGCCGUGGACCACCGGCAUCUGCGGAUGCGCCGAGGACACCGAGAGCUGCUGGACUGGAUCAUUCUUCCCUUGUGUGCUGUUUGGACAUAAUGUUGAGGCCCUAAGAGAAGAUAUCCCAUGGACUACACCUUGCACUUGCCAUGCUGUUUGUGUUGAAGGUGGCAUUGCAUUAGCAAUCCUAACAGUGAUAUUUCCUGGUAUUGAUCCAAGCACAUCAAUCUUGAUUGGUGAAGGACUGGUGUUUAGUUGGUGGUUAUUUGCUACCUAUACUGGAAUUUUUCGUCAACAACUCCAGAGAAAAUAUCAUCUCAAGGAUUCACCGUGUGAUCCUUGCCUGGUCCAUUGCUGCCUGCACUGGUGCGCGAACUGUCAGGAGCAUCGAGAAAGGAAGGGCCGUCUUGCAGAUAACAACGCUAAUCGGAACACCAUCGUCAACCCCCCACCGAUGCAAGAAAUGAGCGUGGUCGGGAAUCAUCCCAGCAUUACACCAGAGAAUGGAGCAGCAUGAACGGUUGUCAGUGAGCAUGAAGCUGUGCAGGACAUACCAUCAUAAUAAAACAGUAAAGAUACAAGACAAGCAUAGGAAUAUAUGAAUAACAUAAGAAAUGAAACUGACCUUUGUAACCCGUGUGCCUUUUACCGGAGUAGGUGUUAAGAGAACGUCUCUCAAGGUAUCGGCAUAAGUAGUUCCAUAACUGGUUGAACACUUGGAACAUUAUUAGACCCAUCGUUUACUAAAAGAAUGCUCUUUUCAUAUUGGGAAUGAUUAAUGAUGCGUGUGCGGUGUGCGAAUAAAAGGUUUUGCCACUGCAGGAGAGUUGCCUAAGUAUUUUGCCACUACAAUUUUUAUAGAGAGACUAACUAUUGUAUCCCAUUAUGAGUCCUUUUAUCCUUGGAAAAAUUGUAAAAACCAUCCCAUGAAACACUUAAAGUUUGAUAUUCCAUCCUUAAGUUAUUUUA